CUUGUAAAAUGUCGUUAUUGUUUCCGUCACUUCCAUAUAUGGGCAUAGCAGUUGACCUUUAAAUUUUAAAACGAGGCCAAUCAAAAUAAACAAAAUGGCAGCUGUCAAAAAUUUGUUUUUCUUCCUGGUCUUAUGCAUUAAAUUUUCGGUGUUGUCGGCACUCGAAUUUUGUGAACACAAAUAUUGGUGUAAAACAGGACAUUGUUGCGGUGGUGGAACAUGCUGUACAUAUUACUAUGAACUUUGGUGGUUCUGGUUAGUAUGGGUUGUAGUCAUAAUUCUAAGCUGUUGCUGUUUCUACCAGCACAAACGUUUCCGGCGAAGGCAGCGUUCUAAUCAGUCCAGGGCUAGGAGACGCAGGCAACGAGGCCUUUUCAGACUUCCUUUACCUCUCUUUGACCCAAGUAAACAGUUGAGACUGCCAACCUAUGAGGAAGUGAGCCAGAGUCCAAAAGAUCCCCCACCUUAUACCCCUCUUAAUGAGACCACUUUACCACAGACUGAUCUCACACAGUCCAGCUCAGAAUCAGGUGCUGCCAUCUUUCAAUGGCCCUCAUCUAAUGCUCAACAAAAUAGAUGCCAAGUAGAGAUAAAUAGCAGUGACUCUGCUGGUCUGUUGGAUAAUGAGGAACUUCCAGAAUACACAGAGAUGUCACCCACCAUACACAUUACACAGCAAUACCAGCCAAAUGAACACUACCACAGUGCUACACGUGAUAUUAGCUUCCAUGUGAUAACUGAUGAAGACCUACAAGUACAUAGAGAAACUGAUACAACAAUCAGCUCUCCUACUACAAUAACUCACUCAUCAGUCUCUGCUGAAGUCAUUCCAAUGCCACCUCCACCUCCAUAUACUCCACAUGUGGUGACUCAUGAUUCACCUCUUAGAAGUCAUGAACCACCACAAGUCCAUGAUGAAGCAUCCCAUGAAGAUUAUAAUGAGAGGUUGGAUGUUGCAGAACCAGAGCAUACCAGACCUGGCACAUUAACAUGUGAUGAAGUUGAAACAAUAAACAUAAUAACACCUUCUACAAAUGACAGUGACAUUAAUGACAGCCAACAAGGCACAUGUAUACAUCAAACUGUGAUAACAGACCAAACUGACAGUGCAACAUUACACAACGUUGACAGACAAUUUACAAAUCUGUCAAUUGACAAAUGAAUAGGCUUACAUGUAGCAAGUGUGAUAAGCUUUGCAUAAAUUAUAUGUUUUAUCCUUGCAGGUCUGAGAAUAUCAAAUCCAGCAUUAGAUAAAUACCAACCUGAUAACCAGUUACAAGUUUGAUUUAUAUCAAGCUGCAAAUAUACAAUUCUGGUAUGUUUAAAUAGUUCAAAAUGAGCAUUGAGUGUGCAAAAUAGGAAGUCAUAUUUGUGCUCCAUCUCAAGGCUCAACCUGAGAUUGUCAUUUUACUUGAGAUUUCUGCUGUUUAAAUGUAAAAUAAUUUACAACCGAGCUGUGUUGCUGCUGUACUGUGCAAGCUUGUUGCUUUUGAUCAAAGUUGUAGUCUGAAGUUACCUGUACCCUUUUUCUCCAUCAGCUACACACUCUAUACUACCCUCUGACUAUUAAGAUGAGUUUACAGUGUAUGCCCUCUUUUUUAUGGUGAUUAAAAUUUGAAAUUCAUGUGAGGUAUACAUGUGUCUACAUAUAAUGUAAUAUCAUGUACAUGUACAUAUAAAUGUAUUAUCCUGGUUCAGCGCCUGUAAGAAAUGACUUGUUGAAGUAUGACUUGCAGCGGAGGGUAUUGCUUUAUUUCUAUACAUUUUCUGUGAUUUGACAAACAUGAGAAUGUUCAGGGUAGAACUCACUACAUACUUUAUCCAAUACAAUAGUCUGAAAGAUGGUUAAAAAAAUCAUUAAGCCAUUUGAG